CUAUUCAGUACAGAAUCAUGCUGCCUGCAGAGAGAGAUGAUUCAAUAAGUCAGACGAGCAAUGCUGGGGGGGGCGAAUGCUCCAAUCACCACCCCCUAAAUCUGCCUAUGAAUCAGCCCCACAAUCUGAGUGCCAGCUCAGCCUCACCCUGUGUGCAGAAUGCAACCCCACUGGUUUCUGAGUCUCAGUUUAAUUUCCCUCUUCUGCUUCCAGCGAUGGCGUCUGCUGAUCUGAGACAACAGCUGGACUGUUCCAUCUGCCUGAGCAUUUACACAGAUCCUGUAACCCUGAGAUGUGGGGACAACUUCUGCCGGGUCUGUAUUGAUCGUGUUCUGGAUACACAGGAGGCGUCUGGAGUUUAUAACUGUCCUGAAUGCAGAGCAGAGUGUCAGGAGCGUCCUGCACUACAGAGGAACAUAACACUGUGUAACAUAGUGGGGAGUUUCCUGUCUACUCGGCCAGAUCAGGAGGAGACUGGGAUCUUCUGCACUUACUGUGUGGACUCUCCUGUACCUGCUGCUAAAUCCUGUCUGCUGUGUGAGGCUUCUCUGUGUGAUAAACACCUGAGAGUACACAGCAAGUCACCAGAACACGUCUUAUGUGAUCCCACCACUGCCCUGGGGAACAGGAAAUGCUCCGUCCAUAAGGAGCUUUUCAGGUAUUACUGCACUGAGGACGCUGCCUGUAUAUGUGUGUCUUGCAGUUUGAUCGGGGAACACAGAGGACAUCAGGUGGAGUCACUGGAUGAGGCCUCUGAGAAGAAGAAGGAGAAGCUGAGAGAUGUUCUGCAGAUACUGACCACAAAGAGAGAGCAGACUGAGAAAAGAGUCCAGAGUCUGCAGGAGCGCAGGAGGGACUAUCAAGGAAAAGCAGCUGGUGUAACAGAGACAGUCACUGCCCUGUUUAGAGACAUCAGGAGACAGUUGAAAAACUUGGAGAAGAGAGUCCGAAGUGAGAUCUCCAGGCAGGAACAGUGCGUUUCACUCCCGGUCUCUGAUCUGAUCCAACAACUGGAAAUAAAGAAGAACGAGCUGUCCGGGAAGAUGCGUCACAUUGAGGAUCUGUGUUACAUGUCUGAUCCAGUGACUGUCUUACAGGAACCAGACACAGGGGACUUGUGUGAUACUGAGGACACAGAGAGACAUGAUAACCAGGUCCGUGGUGCAGGAGAUCUGGAUGUGGUUCUCAUCUCAAGGACAUUACACACUUUAUCUGAUAUUAUAAAAGGUAUAAAUACAGGGGUUUAUGUGCAGGAGGCUACAGCCCUAUUACUGGAUGUAACCACAGCUGGUAAUAAUAUACAUAUAUCAGAUAACAGGAAAAUUGCAACCAGGUCAACAAUCCAGACCUGCCCGGUAACACCAGAGAGAUUUGAGGAUGAUCAGGUAAUAAGCAUCAGGAGAUUCUCCUCAGGGCGACAUUACUGGGAGGUGGAUGUCAGUAAGUCAGUGUGGUGGAGGGUGGGGAUGUGUUAUCCCAGUAUAGACAGGAUAGGAACACAGUCACUCAUUGGUAAUAAUAACAAGUCCUGGUGUGUGCGUAGGUAUAAUGAUCAGUACUCAGUGAUACAUGACAGUACAGGGAUCUGGAUACCUGCCAUUAUCCCCUGUGACAGAGUGAGGGUAUAUCUGGAUUAUGAGGCAGGACAGCUGUCCUUUUAUUCUGUGUGUGGCCCCAUCAGACAUUUACACACCUACACUGCCGCCCUCACUGAGCCCCUCCAUGCUGCAUUAUGGGUAGAGUAUGGGUAUAUAACUAUAUGUGGGGGAGUCAGGCACUGGAAGAAAUUACCAUAAGAAAUCUGCCCAGAGAC